GCAUGCUUUCUUAAGAACAAGUCUUCAUAUAUUUCUCCUCUAACCUUUUUCUCUUCCUCUAUCAUAUACCUCCCCUAUUUUCUUCCCACCCCCCUACCUGAAUUUCGCCGGAAUCCAUAAAAUUAAUCAGAGAAUUCAACAGUCUAUAUAUAAAUAGAGAGAAAGCUUUUCAUUUUUCCAUAAUUGUUGUACAUAAAUAUACAGUGUAUGCAAUUGUAAAGAUGAAAGAUAUGAAUGUAUCAUCAAAACCAUCAAUGACCAUAUCCAAAUGCAUCUUUUUCGGUAUUCUCAUAACAAUACCAAUCCUUCUUUUCCUCUCUCAUAAAAACUCAUCCUCUGCCAUCGUAACCACCACCACAACAUCAUCAAACUCCGAUACGGAUCUCAAGAUCCGACCCGGAUAUGCCACAUACGAUUCCUACAUCCAGAGACAACUAAACAAGACCCUCAACCCCAAACUCCGAAAAAUAUGGACAACCCGUGAUUGGGAUAGGAAGAUUCAAGUUUUCUCGAAAUUCUUUAACGAACUUAAAAAUAGAAAACUUCUGUUAGAAUCAUCAAAGGUGCUUUGUAUAGGUGCCAGGAUGGGUCAAGAAGUGGAAGCAUUAAAACGGGUCGGGGUAUCGGAUUCGGUUGGUAUGGACCUUGUACCAUACCCGCCUUUGGUGGUGAAAGGUGAUUUUCAUAAUCAGCCGUUUGAUGAUGCCAAGUUUGACUUGGAAUUUUCCAACGUGUUUGAUCACGCGCUUUUUCCCGAGAAGUUUGUGUCAGAGAUCGAACGGACGUUGAAGCCUGGUGGGGUUUGCGUUUUACACGUGGCGUUAUCUAGACGGGCGGAUAAGUAUUCUGCGAAUGAUUUGUAUAGUGUUGAACCGUUGAAGAAAUUGUUUAAACGGUCCGAGUUGAUUCAUACGAGAACCGUUGAUGGGUUCGGUUUGGAUACUGAAGUUGUUUUCAGGAAAAAGAGAUGAUUGAACAUGGUUCGGUUUUUUUUUUUUUUUUUUUUUUUUAU